CACAGUCGCAACUCUGCUGCCACGGCCCCUAUGUGGCCCCUCCCUUACCGGACUACAUGUGUUGAGUCUGUCACAGGGAUAAAUGCACCGGGAGCCUCGGGAGAUCCCAUCCCAUCACUCCGCAGUUUUGCCGAUCUAACUGUUGACUGGUCAUCAUCUGCUUUUGAUUUUUCAGUUAAUUAGAUCGUGAUUAUUUAUUUUUAAAUCCUUGUAUAAGAGUCCACCGGCAGCAGCAGCAGCAGCAGCAGCUCCGAUUGUCAGAACCAGACCCGUGGGCGGCUGGGUGGCGUCCGUCUGGGCGAGCUGAUAGGACGAGGUGUUGGCUCUCUACCUACCAACUGCUUCAUCCCAAAUUCUCAAGAAAUGGCGAUGAGAAGUGAGAUGUAGAAAAGGAAUUGGAGGCCGUUCAUGAGGGUCUGGGCUUCAGCUAAAACGGACUAAAUAUCCAACACCACCAACAGCCACCUCCUUCUCCUCAUCUAACCAGUUGCUAUUUUUUUGAGAAUAACUAUCUCUAAAGUGGGGAGCACAUGACACGCUGGUGAAUCCCGAAGGCAGGUCCCACUCACAGACUGAAUGAGUCCAUCUUUGGCUGUCGGACGGACUCUUCAAGAGCACAGGACGGAUGCAAACAGACUAAACACAUCUUUCCAAAGACUCUCAGCGUCGGCGCCUGCAGUGCUCUAACCGAGCGGGGUGAAUCUGACACCGGGGGGAAGAGUCGUUUCACAGACAGGGAGAAGAUGCCAUUCCACCAUGUGCGGGCGGGCCUGCUCUAUCCAGACAACUACCUGAGCAGCUCCCUGACGGAGGGCAACGAAGCCUUCCAGCUCACCAGCAUCUCCACCGAGGAGCUGGGAGAGAUCCGUGAAGCGUUCCGUGUUUUGGACCGUGAUGGGAAUGGUUUCAUCUCCAAACAGGAGCUGGGCAUGGCCAUGCGCUCCCUGGGUUACAUGCCCAGCGAAGUGGAGCUGGCCAUCAUCAUGCAGAGACUGGACAUGGAUGGGGACGGCCAGGUGGACUUUGAGGAGUUCAUGACGAUACUGGGGCCCAAACUGCUGUCUUCUGACAACAGAGAAGGAUUCCUGGGCAACACCAUCGACAACAUCUUCUGGCAGUUUGACAUGCAGCAGCUGUCUCUGGAUGAGCUGAAGCAGGUGCUGUUCCACGCCUUCAGGGACCACCUGACAAUGAAGGACAUCGAGAACAUCAUCAUCACCGAGGAGGAAGGCCUCAACGAAAGCUCAGGGAACUGCCCUGAGUACGAGGGAGUCCAUCCUAAGAAGAAGAAUCGGCAGACGUGUGUCAGGAAGAGCCUGAUCUGCGCCUUCGCUAUGGCUUUCAUCAUCAGUGUCAUGCUCAUCGCAGCCAAUCAGAUGCUGCGGAACGGCAUGGAGUAACCAAUUGCACUGUGAGCAUGGAGAGUGGACAGAACAGCCAUGACCUCACAUCUCGUCUUUGCAGCCAAAGCAGGACCAGCCACAACCCGAGCACUUCUCUAAACAAUCAGUUGAGGGGUUUUUUUAGGUUAAUUUGAAAUUAGAAGUAGUAAAUCUGAGUGAGAUGAAGAGAAAUAUACCUUUGUUUUGCAUUGAAGAUGUCACCAUGUAUAUUUAUUGGACUUACUGGUCACAAAGAACUGAAAAAAUAAUUCUGUUUUUAUAAAAAAAAAACGUGAGAAUAAAUAGAGGGUAUUAUUUUGACAGAGACCACUCUUUAAACUUGAUUUUCUAAUUACCAGAAAAAGUUUAUCAGGUGCUUUGAGCCAUUCCUAAUUUAAAAAUAACAGUGGUUAUUAUGAACAACUGCAUAUUUACCUUAGAGAAGUAGCUGAAUGUGAGUGAAUGAGAGCACUGAAUGUCAGGCACUGUAUUUUAAUGUAUCGUAAAUCCCUCACAUGUCAUAUAGUCAGGUAUAAACAUCAUCGACAUCCUCAGUCCACUAAAUGUCGGGAACAUGAAGACUAUGUGUAAGGAGCACAACUCAAUACUCAGUGAGGGGAAACUUGGGAAUCAUCUCUUUGUCUGUAGGUGUGGAAAAGAUAGUCACUAAUGUAUCCCAAAAUAUAUUUGGUCUGAAGUAUACUGGAGCACACACACUUAAAGCAAAAAACAGAGUAGGUGUCAAAAGGUGCAUCUCUUUUUGCCUUAAUUCUGUGCUUCAGAUGGACCAAAUAUCUGAUGUCUUUCCUGAUAAAUUACCUCCCUGCUCUGAGAGACGGUCCACAAAGUUCUCUUUCAAGAGGGUUGAAGCGGUUAACCUCUACCUUCACUAGACAGUGCAUAAUAAGCUCAGGAUGUCUGAGAUAAGCAAAAUAUAUGAGGGUUUGUGGUAAUUAGUAGGAACAGAUAUAAAUUCCCAUGUUUUUUAGUUAUGCGAUGGUAAAAAAAACACUUCACCUCAACAUCCCAUUGUAGUACAGCCUAACUGUGGUAAUUAUAAACUGCACAAAAAGCAUGCCAGUAUAUACACUGCCAUAUCAAACAUUUGUCUAGCUCCCAUGAAUCUCUCUGUGUAUAUAUAUUGUAGUAAUUAUCUUGUGUAAUGUAGUGUUCGUUCACAACAGCAGAAUGUAUGAAAGGUGGACACUAGUGAGAUAAAUCAGGGAUAUACAGUCGAGCUGUGAAACGCUGGAGGUACAGCAGCAGUUUUUCUUUUUGGAAAAGGUUGCAGUCUAAUGGUUUGAAUGAGAACUGCAGCUAAACACUUGAACUACCAUGUUUACAAGGUGUUCAGAAGUGAAGAACAGCACCACUGAAUUUGAGCUUAGAUGUUUGUUGUGUGACUAUCACAUUUUGGUCUGAUUUGGUUCACCGUUUCUUAAAUGCAAAACCAAGUGUUUCCCCCCCAGAACCUGAAACGUGUUGUCACAUCAUCACUCAUGAUUGGAUGAGAGACUGAAGGUGACUGAUGCAGGACCUUUGGUAGUUUCUGGAGUCAUACUGUAGAUAUGUUGUAUGGUUCUGACCAUAAACCUGAGCGCACUUCACUUAUAUAGAGCGUAUAGAGCUUACUGUAGUAAGGGAGUUUGACAAGAACAGUCAGUCAUGCUCGUCUUUAUAAUGGAGCCCCCUGAGGAUGAAAAUCCCAGUGACUCCACAGAUUACGUUAGAGGAUCUUUUUUUGUAUUUAGGUGUAGAGCUGUGCGAUAAAGAAGCAUCAUUGUUAAUCCACAGUUAGAAUAUCAGUAAUGAUUUCCAUUAUUCUGUUAUUAUUCCAAGCAGAGGAUUUUGAUCAAAUAGUCAUUUCAAAACAAGAUGACUGAGAUUAAAUUCUUUAUUACUUCCAUACAUUUUUGGUAUUAAUAGAUAUUAUAACAUAUUAUUUAAACCAAAUUGCCCAGCUAAUUUGUCUGACUUUAGUUCAUUGGUUUGCGACAUAAUGUGCCAAAGCGGCGACAUCCUGUAUGUGGAUUCCUGAAUUGCUCGGUGCUCCCCUUGGAUCUUGAGGCAAUUAUGUGUUCUGUUGUCUGAUGAAAACAAUACAAGAUAUUUCAGUAACCUUACAUGCAGCCAUGUGAGUUUGCUGUCCAGGAAAUAAAGGGAAGAGGGCUUUCUCUAUAAAAAAAAAAUAGCUUUGUAAGAUCAAGUAUCAGCAAAAAUGUAUUAUACUGUAAAGCAGUAUGCAUGUUGUUGUUUAGAUUUUCAUGUCUUUUUGAAACACAAGGGAUUCUGUUUAAUCUUUCUUUGUGGUGGCACAGCCUUGGUUUAAAUGUAACUAUGUAUGUCCUACUUUCACAUAUUUGACUGUCCAGUUUAUACUGUAAUAGCCAUUUUAUCUAGUUUCUACCAGCUAUCAAUCAAAUCACAGUGCAGGAGAGGGCAUUUUCAUAAAUAUGCAAAAACAAGGUCACCCCUUCAUCAUCUCUGUUUCACGUCACAUAGGGUAGAGUCUGUAGGCCUCACUGUGGAUGGUUAAAAUUGACAUUGAAUAAAAUGUAAUGUGUGUUUUAGAUUUUUAUUAAAUGUUCUCACUGCCUCAUAGUCCUGUAAAAACUGCUGUAUAAUGUAUGCUACACUUAUCCUCGUGGGUCGGUUUAUGUCUUUGAUAUUCUCAGCACAUUGAAAUUUGACCAAUGGACCAUGUUCUCACUGUUGGACAUAAGCAUCACGGUCCUUUUGAAACCAGCAUAGACCACUUUAUCUUAACAAAGUCCGUGUCCAUUCGAACAUCCUUACAUGGUUUGGUAGGGGGCACUCGUAGGAAAAAUCUUUUAUCAACACUUUUAAAGUUUACAUUAUUAUACUGUACAUCUCUAGGGAGGGAAGCAAAUCAUGAUGUUCAUGUUUUUCAGAGUAGCUUUUAAGAUUUGUUUUUACCGACACAUGUUUUUACCUUGUAGAUUGUAUAGAGAUAAAACUAAACAGAUAUGUAAACCUUGGCAUGCUGCUUAAAAAAAGGAGAAAGAAAACAGCAAUAGUCGCCAACUGAAUGGAUAUUUAAAAAUGCAAAUAACAAGUUUAAUCUGUCUAAUCUAAAAAGAAUU